CGUCGAUCCAGUCCCAUAUUCCAAUUUCACACCCCGUUCAGCACCACGACACCGACCCUCACGACGCGACAUGCACACUGAACGAGCCUCCACGCACUGCCAGUAGCAUUUGACCAACCGUUGACGGGGCCUGGGGUCCUCGCGACCCGGUGCCAUGAGCUCCCUCAAGCAGUUCAUCCGCAACGUGCGCGCGGCCAAGACGAUUGCCGACGAGAGGGCCGUGGUGCAGAAAGAGAGCGCAGCCAUCAGAGCCAGUUUCCGGGAGGAGGGCCACGAUCCUGAUAGACGGCGGAACAAUGUCGCCAAGCUCCUAUACCUGUUCACACUGGGCGAGCGCACACACUUUGGUCAGAUCGAAUGCCUCAAGCUGUUGGCCUCCCCGCGCUUCGCGGACAAACGUCUUGGCUACCUGGGCACGAUGCUGCUGCUUGACGAGAACCAGGAGGUGCUGACAUUGGUCACGAACUCAUUGAAGAAUGACCUCAAUCACAACAAUCAGUACAUCGUGGGCUUGGCUCUGUGUACACUGGGCAACAUCGCCUCUAUUGAAAUGUCGCGGGAUUUGUUUCCCGAAGUCGAGACCAUCUUGUCAUCAUCCAAUCCUUAUAUCAGGCGAAAGGCAGCUCUAUGCGCGAUGCGUAUAUGCAGGAAGGUUCCAGAUUUACAGGAGCACUUUCUGGACAAAGCAAAACUCCUGCUGAACGAUCGCAACCACGGCGUGCUACUGAGUGGCUUGACCCUUGUAGUAAGCAUGUGCGAAGCUGAUGAAGAAGAAGGCGGCGAACAAGGAGUGGUGGAUAUGUUCAGGCCGCUUACAGGAAGUCUUGUCAAAGUGCUCAAGUCCCUGUCACAAUCUGGAUAUGCCCCAGAGCACGACGUCACCGGAAUCACUGACCCGUUCCUACAAGUCAAGAUUUUGAGGCUACUCCGGGUUCUUGGCCGGGGCGAUCAACAGACGAGUGAGCAGAUCAACGAUAUCCUGGCGCAGGUCGCAACAAACACCGAAUCCUCCAAGAACGUUGGCAACUCAAUCCUCUACGAAGCCGUCUUGACCAUACUGGACAUUGAAGCAGAUUCUGGUCUUCGGGUGCUCGGUGUCAACAUCCUGGGCAAGUUUUUAUCAAACAAAGACAACAACAUUCGCUAUGUGGCCUUGAACACGCUGAUCAAGGUCGUUGCGAUCGAGCCAAACGCUGUGCAGCGGCACCGCAACACAGUGCUCGACUGCUUGCGUGACCCCGAUAUCAGCAUACGAAGACGGGCAUUAGACCUCAGCUUUACACUGAUCAAUGAAUCUAACGUACGGGUACUCGUCAGAGAGCUCCUUGCGUUCUUGGAGAUAGCAGACAACGAGUUCAAACCCAUCAUGACAUCGCAGAUUGGCAUUGCCGCAGACCGUUUUGCACCUAACAAACGGUGGCAUGUUGAUACCAUGCUCCGCGUACUGAAGCUGGCCGGGAACUACAUCAAAGAGCAGAUACUAGCAUCAUUUGUGCGACUCAUCGCGACCACGCCUGAUUUGCAGGCUUACUGCGCCCAUAAGCUUUACGCGGCACUUCGGGAGGACAUUAGCCAGGAGGGCCUCAACUUAGCAGGGGCCUGGGUGAUUGGGGAAUACGGGGAUGCUCUUCUUCGUGGUGGCUUCCAAGAAGAAGAAGAGGGACUGGCCAAGGAGGUGAGAGAGGGAGAGAUUGUUGAUCUCUUCGCUGCCAUACUCAACUCUAGUUACUCGGGGCAGAUCGUUACGCAGUACAUCAUUACAGCUGCGAUCAAACUCACGACGCGACUCCAGGAUCCGGCACAGGUGGACCGAUUACGAAGGCUGCUCCUGGGUCGCCAAGCCGAUCUGGACGUGGAGGUGCAACAAAGAGCCGUCGAGUAUGGCAACCUCUUUGGCUACGAGCAAGUACGACGUGGGGUGCUGGAACGCAUGCCAGCGCCAGAGAUUCGUGAGGAACAGCGCGUGCUCGGCGAGGCGACCAAGAAGCGACACAGCAAGCUUCCCUCCAAGAAAAAGCCUAGCCAAAUCACUGAGCAAGAUAUGCUUCUGGAUCUCAUGGGAGGAGAUUCUGGGAUGCCAAAUUCCGAUUCGGAUAUGACGUUGAAUGGAUCGCAGAAAUAUAAUGCUAAUCUUCUUGCUGACAUGCUGGGUGGGGCCGACUCUACUUCGCCUUCUCAGCACACUGCCUCUGCUGUGUCCAAUGGACAGUCACAGCCACAAAGCAGCAUGGAUUCCAUCAUGGACCUCUUCAGCUCACAACCCUCGGCGACUGCGAGCUCUGGCGUGUCCAACGACAUUCUGGGCGGCACAGGCGCGACACCACCAGCACACCUGGUUUACAACAAGAUGGAUCUCAACUUGACCUUCAGUGUACAACGCACGGCGCAAGCUGCUACAGUAUCAGCUCGGUUCCGAAACGACAGCGGGUUCGAAACAUUCACAGCACUCAAUCUCCAGGCUGCUGUGCCCAAGACACAGAAGCUGCAGUUACAGGCGAUUAGCACGUCCGAGCUCCAAGGCGGCCAAGAAGCCACGCAGCAAAUGCGUGUCACAAGCGUACAAGGUGCUCCGCCGGCGAAGUUGAGGCUACGUCUGAAAAUCACCUAUAGCAAAGGUGGAGGCGCUCCUGUGACUGAACAAGUGGACUGGUCCGAGCCCACGUAGUCUUGAGGAAACUGAUGCUCGGAGAGUGUUCUGGUGGUAGCUGUCCUGCGAAUUCAGCACAUUCGCAUGACUGAGUAUGACAACAGCCCACCAAAUACCGACUCGUUGUGGCGCCAAGGUACGAUGGUCCUCUUUGGCUGGUUGCCACACAAAAAGUAGUAGUAGUCAAUCAAGUAUUACUCACUGCAAUCGCUUCACCACUUAAUAACUUCCCAUCUCGGAUGAGAAUCGCACCACCACCCUCUUUCGUCCUAUCCUCGACUCUCUGGAAGAAAUGCAUCGAGAUCAAGCCAUUUUCGUCGCCUUCGCUCAGAAUGACACCAUUAUCGCUCCGCCAGAAUUUGAUCCCGGCCUGCAUUGCCUUGGCAAGAUCCAAAUAUAUCAGUAUUUUGCUUGACGCUCUGAUGCCCGAAAUCACUGGGAUUUCCUUUUCCUUUUCCUUUUCCUUUUCUUUCCCCUCUUUCCCCUCCCCAUCAUCAGUAUCAUCAUCAAUCAUCAUCGUAGUAGCAGUAGAAGUAGUAGCCUCCGUCGACUUGUUGUCUUUGUCAAAACCCGCAGGUAAUCCCGGAGCAAAAUGAAUAUGAUUUCUUCCCAUGGGUUUCAGUCCUCCCGACGCCACAAUCAGCUUCCAAGCAUUUUUCGUCGUGCCGUGAAUCGCCACUGCAGGGAUAUUAUUCUCUUCUGUUGCUGUGAUGGGUUGAAGAAGCUCUUGAUCUUGAAUAAUUUUUUUCAAACUGUGGCCUUGGUUGGCGCGAAUGAGAUAAUCGCUGGGGUUUUUGGACUCCUUUUCGUUUUCAUCUUCAUCAUCAUCUUUUGUGUCUGCAGAUUUUGAUCUCAACUUCAAUGUAAACCGCUGUUUAUCAUUCUCUCGCACACAUGCUCGCAAUUCGUCAAAAGUGACUUUGAGGGAUUUUAGAUUGCGAUUCUCGAGUACGUCGUGUACGUUGGCGAAACCCGCUGAGUCGAGGGUGAGAUGUUCUUUUUCGGCUCCGUGGCGGAGGAGCCAGGCGAUUUUUUUGGACACUUGG